AUGAAGAAAAAGAUGAAGUUAGUGAUUUGCCUGCAUUCCUGAGAGUUUUCAUUUGAGCAGCUCAGGAUAGCUACAUCUGCAUUUGCUGUAGAGAAUAUAGUUUCGGAACAUGGUGAGAAAGCUCCAAAUGUUGUUUAUAAAGGAAAGCGAGAUUGGACAGCAAGCUUCCUUAAGGCAUGCUGUACAGCUACUAUCACCAGCCAGUGUAGUCGCCAAAAUGAACGGCCGUGACAAAAUCUGCAAGAUGGAUCUAGAAGAAGUAAAUACAUUGUAUCUUGAUGCGAAAUCAUCUGCCCGACUUCUUCAAGAGCAACAGGAUAGAUACAUCUCAUGAGAAACUGUACCGUAAUAUCCUGUUCAUUCUUAAAUCUGGACGCUAUAGCUUUGUUCGUUGAGGUGCUCGUAUCCAAAUUGCAUUUUGCAAGUCAAUUUGUUUCAUUUAAGGAUGUGGCUGUCUUCUGUAACUGAUGUUUCAUUACGUUAAGCGUACAUUCUAGCCCGUUGCGGUGAGGUGACUCCUGUGUAUUUGAUACUCUUGCUAAAAAUGUGUGGUGCGGAAUUUUUUCAGUAAUGGCUGUUUGUUACAAGAUACUUACAUUAUCCUAACCCUAAACCUGUUAGAUAAUGAUCUGGUUUUUCGACAUAUUUUGAAGAUGAAUUUAUUUUCUUCUCCAAUUUAAGUUA